AAGAUAAGGCUGCAGUGCUUAAAGACGCAGUUGAGAGUCUGUUAAAAAAUCAAGGUCAUCAAGAUUCUGAUCUCUACAUUAUUAUUUCUAAGAAUUCGAUGGCUGAAAUAUUUGAUUAUUUCAAAAAUGGAACUUUUGAUCCAAAUCAA